AUGGUGACAGGCAGACAAACAGGUGUGUCUGCUGAGAUGUUCACCAUGCCCCGAGGUCUGAAGGGCAGCAACAAGGAUGGAAUCCCAGAGGACCUAGAUGGGAACUUGGAAGAACCCAGGGAUCAGGAAGGUGAGCUCAGGAGUCAGGACAUCUUGGUUCUCAGAGCAGGUGACAAAGAAGCCUCAGCCUCAGCUCCUCCUGCAGCCAAAAAAUGGAAAACAGAUACCAAAGGAAAGAAGGAGAGGAAGCCCACCGUGGAUGCAGAGGAGGCUCAGAGGAUGACAACCCUGCUUUCUGCCACGUCUGAGGAGCAGCUGGCCCGCUACAAAGUGUGUCGCCGGUCAGCUUUCCCAAAAGCACGCAUUGCGGGUCUGAUGCAGUCUAUCACUGGCAGAUCGGUGUCUGAGAACGCGGCCAUUGCCAUGGCUGGAAUAGCCAAGGUCUUGGUUGGAGAGGUGGUGCAAGAGGCCCUGGACAUGUGUGAGAUGGGGGAGAAAUGCCCCCGCUGCAUCCCAAGCAUUUAAGGGAGGCUGUUCACAGGUUAAAGCCCAAGGGC